UUCCGCGAGCGUGUUCAGGUUGGACAAACGAAGCCAGAGCUAAUCGAUGUCUAACCAGCGUGUAGUUGCAGCGUCAUCGUGAGGAAUUGUUUGAAUGAAGUUCGGGCAGGAAACAUACCGACCAAAAUAGGCGCCCCACCAUCUGGAAUCAGUUAAUUAUAUCAUCAAGAACUGAAAAUGCCCGUGUUUACAGUGAAUGUGAAAUGGGGGAAGGAGAAAUUUGAUGCAGUGGAGCUGAACACUGAGGAACCACCCAUGGUUUUCAAGGCCCAGCUAUUCGCCCUGACAGGUGUACAGCCAGACAGACAGAAGGUCAUGGUCAAAGGAGGAACACUGAAGGAUGAUGAGUGGGGAAACAUCAAAUUGAAAAAUGGAAUGACCCUGCUCAUGAUGGGUUCGGCUGAGGCUCUGCCCCAGGAGCCUGCUGUGCGCCCCAUGUUUGUGGAGGACAUGACGGAAGAGCAGCUGGCCUCGGCGAUGGAGCUGCCCUGUGGCCUGACUAACCUGGGAAACACCUGCUACAUGAAUGCCACUGUGCAGUGCCUGCGCUCUGUUCCCGAGCUCAAAAACGCUCUCAGAAGGUACUCUGGUGCCCUGAGGUCUUCGGGAGCAAAUUCUUCUUCACAGUACAUCACAGCAGCCAUGCGCGACCUGUUUGAGUCCAUGGACAAGACCGCCGCCAGCAUACCACCGAUCAUCCUGCUGCAGUUCCUGCACAUGGCCUUCCCGCAGUUCGCCGAGAAGGGCGACCAGGGCCAGUACCUCCAGCAGGAUGCCAAUGAGUGCUGGCUGCAGAUGAUGAGAGUCCUACAGCAGAAACUGGAACCAGAGAUUCCUGAGGCUCCCAUGGAGACUGACUCUGAGAGUGGUGACACUGGUGCUGCAGCCAAGAAAAACUUCAUUGACCAGUAUUUUGGGGUGGAGUUUGAAACCACUAUGAAGUGUACAGAGUCUGAGGAGGAGGCUCCCACCCAUGGCAAGGAAAGCCAACUCCAGCUCAGCUGCUUCAUAAACCAGGAGGUGAAAUAUCUGGCAACCGGGUUACGUCUGCGUCUGCAGGAAGAGAUCACCAAACUCUCUCCAUCUUUGGACAGAAAUGCUUUGUAUAUUAAAUCUUCUAAAAUCAGCCGACUGCCCUCUUACCUGACUGUUCAGAUGGUGCGCUUUUUCUAUAAAGAAAAGGAGUCUGUCAAUGCCAAAGUCUUGAAGGACGUGAAGUUCCCCCUGAUGCUGGACGUCUACGAGCUGUGCACCUCUGAGCUACAGGAGAAGAUGGUGGGAGUGAGGUCAAAGUACAAAGAGAUUGAGGACAAGAAGCUGGAAAAGCAACAAAAUGUGGAAAAGAAGGUGGCUCCAACUAAAAAGGAAGUGAAGUAUGAACCAUUCUCAUUUCCUGACGAUCUGGGCUCCAACAACAGCGGUUACUAUGACCUGCAGGCCGUGCUGACGCAUCAGGGGCGGUCCAGCUCUUCCGGCCACUACGUAGGCUGGGUCAAGAGGAAAGAAGACGAGUGGGUGAAGUUUGACGAUGACAAGGUCAGCGUUGUGUCGCCAGAGGACAUUUUGCGGCUGUCAGGGGGCGGGGACUGGCACAUUGCGUACGUCCUGCUGUACGGACCCCGUCGGCUAGAAAUACAGGAAAGCGAGCAACAGUAACCAAGGGGCAACUUAAAGUGGCCAUUUCAGAGCACUGUCUGCAUAGAUGUGCAAUAAAUAUCGGUGUCUUUAAACUUCUGACCUUAAUUUUUUUGUUUUGUUUUGGUAACCAACAUGGAUGCGACCCUCGUUCAUCCGUAUGCAUCAUAACCCAAUGAGCGGCCUGUCGGACAAGGUUUCAUUUGAGCCCAAACUGGAACCGAUUUAAAAAAGGGCACGCCUAGUUGAAGACCAGGCUGACAAGUGUAGCUCCUCCAUUUCCUUACACAUGAAAUGAAUAUAUUUUUUAAAAACUUCUUCUGUACGAUUUCCAUGCUUAUUACGUGGUAGUGUAGUAUUAUUUUUGAAGUUGUACGUGGUCCUGUACACUCUUGGCCAAGCUGAGUUUUGCUGGAGAGAACAGGCCUUGUCACAUGCCCUCGUGAGCAUUCUGUAACUCCGAUUCACGAGUUAUCACGUUUAUCACUCCUGGUCCUGGAAACCCAUUAUCUGUGGUUUUUGGAUGAAUCGACUCAAACUGGUUUGACUCAAAUGAACUGCCAUGAAUGUGACAUAAGUAUUAUACCUUCUUGGCUUAAAAUCGUAACUGAACCUUUUCAAAACAACUUAUGUUUAAAUCUGCUCAUCAUAUAUUUUGGCCAGUUAUGUUAAUUUGAACAAUGUUUGCUGGAAUUGUGGGUUGCCAGGGUCAGGACUGAGAAACCUAGGGCUUUUGCUAGAGAGACUAGAAAACAAAUUGGCACUUUGGGUGUCAGAAGACAGGCUACAUCUUGCACUUGAUGCAGGAAGAGCUGUUCUCAUCAGCAGUCCAAGAAAGCAGCUUUGAGGAUCGAUCUUUCUGAAUGAUGACGGGGGAAAUAAAUUGCACAGUUCUAUUCCAAUUUCUGUGAUAAUUUCUGUAAAAGACUGUUUUUGCAAUACAAAAGCAACGCUCUCGUAACACUGCGUAUCUUGUCCUCGUAUAACAGGUUAUUUUCUUCUGCUAUAUACGCAUGACUCGUGAGCUUUGCUCACUGUUGCCAUGGCGAGUCUCCUGGCUCGCUUCAUGUCUUGGCAUUGCAGCCCAAAGUCUUCUCUAUGACCACCAUCAUAAGCCCAGAAAACAGAACAUUGUUUUAUUUUUUGUCGUAAGUUAUUGAUUGCUGGCUUUUCAUACAUGGGAAAAAUAAAUGGUUAUACUGAA